AUGAUGCCCCAGAGGAAGAAAAGGAAGAAAGAUCUUGAUUUUGUAGCUCUGUAUGAGGAAGAGCUGCUGAACUUUGGAUCUGGAUCUGAAUCUGAAUCUGAUGAUGAGCUAGAUCAUGAUUACUACAAGACCAGAGUGUAUGAGGUGAUCACGAUGACUGGUGAUGUUCGGGGUGCAGGAACCCAUGCCAACGUCUUCAUUUCCAUUUUCGGGGAGAAUGGGCUAACUCCUAAGCUCCAUCUCUCGAGCAAGAGCGAAGCUGCCUUUUCAAAAGCCAACGUGGAUGUAUUCCGGGUCAGAACUAACAAUGUUGGUGCCAUCUACAAAAUCAGAAUCGAGCAUGACAACACUGGGAAGAAUGCCAGCUGGUUUUUGGACAGGGUCAUCCUGACGGACACGAAGCGGCCCUGCCUCAAGUACUAUUUCAACUCUACUAACUGGCUGAGCAAAGUGGAGGGGGACCGCCAAUUGUUCCGGGAUCUUUUGGCCAGCUUUACCCCCAUGGAUGUUCCUAGGUAUAACAAAUAUGAUGUCAAAGUUUACACUGGAGAUAUAUUUGGUGCUGGGACAGAUGCAGAUGUCUUAAUUAAUAUCUUUGGAGAAUAUGGUGAUACAGGGGAAAGGUUGCUGGAAAGUGAAAAAGACAACUUCGAAAGAGGCGCAGAAGACAAGUUCACACUGGAUGCACCAGAUUUGGGGCAGCUGAUAAAAAUCAACAUUGGCCAUAACAAUAAAGGCAAAUCUCCAGGCUGGUUCCUGUCCAAGGUGGGUUCUUUCCACGUAUUAAUGGAUCUUUAUCACCUACAAGAUAAAUUUUACAUUCUUCAGCAUAAUGUUCAAGGCCUUCCACUUUUAGAGUGAGUGAAUAGAGGAGACACAUCUAUGAAGCACUUAGAAUGUGCUAGGCACUAUACUAAACAUUGGAGAAAGAACUAGAAGAUUGAAACAGUUCCUGUUCUCAAAGCACUCACAACAAACCUUAAUAAAGCACUAACUAUGUGCCAUGCACUGUGCUAAAUAAAUGCAAAGAUGCAAAAGUAGUUCCUGCCCUCAGGAAGUUUGUAUUCUAAAAAGGGAAGUGAUAUUUACAUAUGUAAGUAUAUACACGAUACAUACAAAGUAGGUAGUCUGAAGGGAGACAGCACUGAGAAGCAUCACCUUCUACAGGAAACCUUCCAUGAUUCCCCCUUCUACUUGUCUCCUCCAUUUCCAACUACCUUACUUUUCUUACCUUACAUUUUCCCUUUUGUUUUCAUUAUUCUUUGAUUUUUCAGAUUUUUUUUUUUGAUCAAGGGAUUUUUUUUUUUAGAAUUAGCUAUAAAAAUGUGAUCAUCAAUGGACUCUUCUAUUGUAAUAGUAGUGAAGGCCUGGGCAUCAGAUUUUUCUGCUUUGUGUUUUUUUUGCUGUGUGCCUGUUUAUAUGUGCAUGUGCCUCGGGCAAAGGAUGCUGGAAAGUGCAAAAGACAACUUUGAAAAGGGGGCAGAAGACAAGUUCACACUGGAUGCCCCAUGAGUAACUACCUACUAUGUCCUCUUCAUUUAUAGUUAUUCUCUUUAUAUUUAUUCUGCUCCUGUGUGCACAUACACAUACAUAGAGUCUACUCUCUCUGAAAAGGGAAGGAAUAUUUAUCCGUUCUCUAGGACUGGUGUAAUUCAUUCAUUUUACUGCUUUUUUAGUGUUAUUAUUAUUUAUUAUCACUUAAUGUUCAGAUUGUUCCCUCAUGUUUAGCUUCUUCACUUUGCAUCACUUCAUAUGCAUCUUCUUGGCUUUCUUUAAAUUCCCCAGAUUAUUUUCAUGGCAGCUAGCUUUCUUUAAGAUGGAUUGCAGUGGAGGAGGGAAGGUAAAAGCAGGAAGACUAGCUAAAAAGUCACUAUAAUAGUCUAGAUGAGAACAAAUGAAGGUCUUAAUAGAGUAGUUGCAGUGAUAGGAAAGUAUUUCAAGAGGCAGUUCGACUGCAGAUUUGAUGGGAUUUGGCAGCUGAUUAAACAUGGGGGAUGAGAUAGAGUUAAGAGUCAAAGAUGACUGAAGUUAGCCUGGGUGACUGAGUGGAUGGUAUUGUCAGCAACAGAAAUAGAUACUGUCAGCUAUAGAAAUAGAAAAUACCUCUGAACAUAAGCAGGAUUUGGAAGAAAGAUGAUGAGAUCAAUUUUGGAUGCGUACAAUUUGAGGUGGCUGUGGGAUAUCCAGGUGCACAUCUCC